AUGGCAUCCUUGGCCAAUUUGUUACUAUUUCUUCUCUUUCUCGGCACUUUCUCUCCUACAACCAUAUUCUGCUUUGUGAAUCCAGCUCCUGCAAAAGUACAUGAGAGUGCCACGAAAACCUCUCCCUAUCAUACUUAUAUUGUGAUCGUCGGGCCACUGCCCACAAAUAUUGAUGAAGAUGGACACCGUCGGUGGUACGAGUCUUUCUUGCCGAGCUUGCAUGCUGGUGACUCGGGCAAGCCACGUCUUAUCCACUCCUAUACCAAGGUGUUCAGCGGCUUUGCUGCAAAGCUUGCUGAUAGGGAGCUUGAUAUUGUUGCCAAGAAGCCAGGAUUCAUCCGUGCAUUUCGGGACCGGAGGCGACAACUCAUGACCACACACACACCGGAGUUUCUCGGACUUAGGAACAACACAGGGUUCUGGAGGGACGCUGGAUAUGGGAAGGGAGUCAUUGUCGGGUUGCUUGACACCGGCAUCUAUCCACUACACCCUUCCUUCGACGAUCACGGCAUCCCACCACCGCCGACAAAGUGGAAGGGCACAUGCAAGGCAGCGCGAUGCAACAACAAGCUCAUAGGUGCCCGGUCACUCGUUGGAGGCGAAGACUCCGGCGACAAAGUGGGGCAUGGGACGCACACAUCAUCCACUGCAGCCGGGAACUUCAUUAGUGGUGCGUCGUACCAUGGCCUGGGAGCGGGCAUCGCAGCUGGAAUUGCUGCGGGUGCCCACAUCGCCAUGUACAAGGUGUGUACUGCUAGUGGUUGCGACGAGUCCACCAUACUGGCUGGACUCGACACGGCCAUCAAGGAUGGGGUGGACGUGCUCUCGAUCUCACUUGACACAGGGUCCCUAAGCAUUGAUUAUGAUCCCGUCGCAGUUGGCACAUUUAGCGCGGUAUCCAGAGGCAUCGUUGUGGUUUGCGCGGCCGGCAACGAUGGCCCCGUGGCCGGUUCAGUCACCAACGAUGCGCCAUGGCUACUCACAGUCGCUGCCGGCUCGGUGGACCGAAGCUUCCGUUCUUCCAUUCAUCUCAGUAAUGGCAAGCGUAUUGAUGGCGAAGCACUGACGCAGGUGACGAAAUCAAGCUCAAGUGUCUACCCUCUCCACUAUGAAAAGAAACGACUAGACUGCAACUAUAAUGAUCUCGAUAACAACACCAUCUCCGGAAAGAUUGUGGUUUGUGCUGAAAUGGGCCCGGAUGUUCAUCCCAACAUUCAUCACAUAAUGGACGCCGGAGCAGCUGGUGUAGUGCUCUCUUGCUAUGAAGGGUACACUACUGUUCUUCGGAAUUUCAACUCUAGUGUGGUGCAGGUGACUCCAGUUGAUGGGGAAGUCCUCGAGACAUCGGCGGCCACCUCCAUGGGUGCCACUCUCACAUACAACAACACAUUGAUUGGUGUCCAGCCUUCCCCCGUCGUGGCAUCGUUCUCUUCCCGAGGUCCUAGCCCUAACACCAUGGGUGUGCUCAAGCCGGACAUAUUGGCACCUGGACUCAACAUUCUCGCUGCAUGGCCACCAAACACAGAGUCUGGACAAGGGCCUUCCAACAUCAUAUCCGGCACAUCCAUGGCAACACCACACAUUAGUGGCAUCGCGGCCCUUAUCAAGAGCUUGCAUCCUGACUGGUCUCCAGCGGCCAUCAAGUCAGCCAUCUUGACGACGGCGGAUGCUGUGAACAAGACUGGUGGCUCUAUCCUGGACGAGAAUCACAAGAAUGCAAGCCUCUAUGCCAUAGGAUCUGGCCAUGUGAACCCUGCGAAAGCUGCUGACCCUGGCCUUGUGUAUGACCUCGACAUCAUCGACUACGCCGGCUACAUAUGUUGGCUCUUAGGCGACAAAGGAUUGGCAACCAUCGUGCAUAACUCGAGCUUGACAUGCCCAAAGCUAUCCAAGGUCAAGGGCAUUGAACUCAACUACCCGACCAUAAUGGUGCCACUGACAUCGACGCCCUUCACCGUGAACAGGACGGUAACAAACGUUGGGCCAGAAACAUCAACGUACACGGCAAAGGUGGAAGCGCCCAAGUCACUAAACAUACAGGUCACCCCGGACAAGCUGGUGUUCUCCAAGUCUGGCGAGAAGAAAAUGUUUAGUAUUUCGGUGAGCAGAAAACUUGGUAGAGGAGAACGCAUAGAGGGAAGCUCUAGCAUGGGACACAUAGAGGGAAGCUUGAGCUGGGUGUCUAGAAAGCAUGUUGUGAGGAGUCCGAUUGCUGCUUCGACGCUUCUGUCACCAUAA